AUGAAAAGAGAAAAUAAUUCAUCAUCUACCCAUACACAUGUUCAUCAUCAUCAUAUACAUCAUCAUCUUGUACUUGAUGAUCAAACACCAACAAAUACAAAUUCAAAUUCAACAUCUGAAUCAAAUACAACAACAACAACAACAACUAAUAAUAAUAAUAAUAAUAAUAAUAAUAAUAUUAAUUCAACAAAUCAAAAAAAACGAAAACAUUGUGAAACAAUUAAUGUUAAAACAACGAAUUCAACAAAUGAUGGAGAUUAUCAAUUAGUUCAAAAUGAAGUUUUAUAUUCAAUGACAAAUUCUUAUGAAGUUUUAGAAUAUUUAGGACGAGGAACAUUUGGACAAGUUGUUAAAUGUUGGAAAAAAGGUACAAAUGAAGUUGUUGCUAUAAAAAUCUUAAAAAAUCAUCCAUCAUAUGCACGUCAAGGACAAAUUGAAGUUUCAAUUCUUUCACGUCUUGGACAAGAAAAUGCUGAUCAAUUUAAUUUAGUACGAGCAUAUGAAGUAUUUACACAUAAAAAUCAUACAUGUCUUGUUUUUGAAAUGUUAGAACAAAAUCUUUAUGAUUAUUUAAAACAACAAAAAUUUUCACCACUUCCAUUAAAAUCAAUAAGACCAAUUAUUCAACAAGUUUGUGUUGCAUUAGCUAAAUUAAAACAAUUAGGUCUUAUACAUGCUGAUACAAAACCUGAAAAUAUUAUGUUAUUAGAUCCACGGAGACAACCAUUUAAAGUUAAAUUAAUUGAUUUUGGUAGUGCAUCACCUGUUGAAAAAGCAAUUCAAUCAACAUAUCUUCAAUCACGUUAUUAUAGAGCGAUUGAAAUUCUUCUUGGCUUACCAUUUAAUGAAUCCAUUGAUAUGUGGUCACUUGGAUGUGUUAUGGCUGAAUUAUUUCUUGGUUGGCCAUUAUAUCCUGGAUCAUCAGAAUAUGAUCAAAUAAGAUAUAUAUCACAAACACAAGGUCUACCCAAUCAAUCAAUGCUUGAACAAGGACAAAAAACAUCGAAAUUCUUUUAUUUUAAUAAUUAUCAAUGGAAAUUAAAAACACCUGAACAAUAUGAAAGAGAAACGGGAAUUAAAUCAAAAGAAGCACGAAAAUUUAUUUUUAAAAAUAUUGAUGAUAUUCAACAUAUUCAUCUCAAACAAGAUUUCCUCUCAAAUCAAUUACAAGCGGAAAAAUUAGAUAGACUUUUUUUUGUUGAUCUCCUCAAAAAAAUGAUUCAUCUAGAUCAAACACAAAGAAUAACACCUUCACAAGCACUUAAUCAUCCUUUUAUUACUAUGGAUCAUCUUGUUGAUUAUGCAAAUUGCAAUAAUGUUCGACAAAGUGUACAAAUGAUGGAAGUUUGUAAAAAAACUCCACCGCCACCACCUCCACCACCACCACCACCCCCAACUACGACAGCAACAAAUUAUACUUUAAAUAAUUUUUCACCACAAAUUCGUCCACCAGCAAAUGAAAUUUUAGUUUCAUAUCCAUUACCUCCAGCAGCUUAUUUUAUUCCACCAUAUCAAGUUGGUGCGCCAUUAUUUGUUCCUGUUGGUCCAACUGAUCGACCAUUUUUAAUAAAUAAUCCAACAUGGAGUCAAUUAUUAAUUCCUCCAUCAUUUGUUGGUUUAUUUAAUCGUCGUUUAACAACAAAUGAUUUUGUUGGUCAACAUUUUCUUCCUCCUGAACGAUUUCAAGUUAAUUUAAAUGAUAAUUCAUUAGUUAAUCAGACUAAUACGAAUACGAAUACGAAUACGAAUACUAAUCGUCAACGUUCCGUAUCAGUUAUAACAUUAUCAUCUGAUGAAGAUGAAGAACAACCACCAAGAGUUGCUCCACCACAUCCUCCCCAUCCAUCUCAUCCAUCUCAUCCAUCUCAAACAAUCAAUGGAAAUUUAAAUUUAAAUUCUAAUCAAAAUAAUCGUUCAAAUAUCAAACGAGAAAGAAUUAGUAUUGAUCAUAGAACACAAAAUCCAUUAACUAAUUCAUUAUAUGUCGAUCGUUUAAAUUCCAAUGAAAAUCUUUUAAAUGGAUUUGUUUCGACUGAUCCUCGAUCAAUUGAAAUGUUAAUGUAUGAUGUUAAUGGUCAAAUCGAUCGAAAUGACAUUCGUCUCUACUAG